CAAACUCCCAGAAUGAUCCCUGGAGGAUCUCCUUGAGCAAUCCCUACAGAACGUCGGGAGAAAUCCCUUGUUGGAAUUCUAGAGGAAUUUUUGAAGGAUCUCCUAGAGGAAUCCCAGAAGAAACUCCUGGACUAGUUCCUAAAGAAACUCCUGUAGGAAUUCCUAAAGGAACUUUAGAAGGAAUCCCUGGAGGAACUCGUAGACUAAUCUCUAAAGGACCUCCUAUAGGAAUCCCUGAUGGAUCUUCUGAAUGAAUCUGUGAUGUAUUAUAUCUCUUGAAGGCAACCCUGAAUCCUUCUGGAAAAAUCUCUGAAGAAACUUCUGUAAAUUGAAUCUAAUGAAAAAAAAAUAAUAGUUCGGAGACAUUUGUAUUUGAAUGGACACCCUGAAAUUCCAUUUAUUAUUUUCUUCAGUGUAGUUCUUAACAAGAGUCUUAUGCAAAAUUUGUCUUUUUCAAUUUUAAUAUACUAAGGUCAUAACUUUAGUGAUUGUUUUUUUUAUUGAUUUCCUCUCAAUAGCAUUAUUUCCAAAAUACGAUCCGUUUUUGGAUAAUCUCAUGAUAAUCUGCUAGAGAAUGAAUUUGACUAGCGUCUAGAACUGCAAAAGUAUCCGAAUAUGAAUCAUCAAUUUUCUCUUUCGCUAAUUAUCGUAUUACAUUUACAGAUGAGAGAAUCGAUGAUGAGAAAUCAACUAUUGCAGUCAAACUCUUAUGAUAGUGGUCGUGAGAAUGUUUUAUCUCAACUUUAUGUAAACUUAAUUUUGUCCAUGCACUGAUCACCGGCGCAAAAAAUGAAAAUCGUCGGCGUGGCAAACAACAGGUCUGUCCGUGAUAAUAUUAUGAUGCAUGCAUUCAGGAUUACAUUCCUUUUCCUGUUCAAAAUUAAGCAUUAACACUCAUCGUCAAACCAUUAAACAUCCGCUUUAAGUAAGCAAUGAAAUCCUGCUAAUGAAAGAACGACUAUACACCUAUCACACGUAACGAUACUCUUUCGUCAUCGAAACGUCCAACCUUCCAAAAAUCCAUUUUCAUCUCAAAUCACCUGAGACGACCUAAAUCAAACCGGUCCUGAUUGCGCCCCGAGAUCCGGAUUUGAUUUUGUCUCACGUUUUGGCAGCGCACCGAGAGGAUCCAACGACCAGCCAGCAAUCCAACAAUCCACGCUUGCAACGCGCACGUUCACCACGUUAUCCAUCCGUCGUCGUCGUCCGUCUGUUCGUCCCGGAGUAUUGAUUUUUCCAUUUUCACCCAACUCCCACUCCGAGGUACGACAGACAGGGCGUGUGUGUGUGUAUGCGCCGGCCCGCUUUGCCAUUUCCAGAUUUACCCGGCAAAUGUCUACCCCGUCCCAGAGCGGAAGACAUCCAUCCGAACGCGCCGGGGUCUCUCCGGUCGGUCGGUCGGUGUGUUUAUAUACCCAUACAUCAGACAAGCUAAACUCGUAAAUGCUACACGUUCAGCCAUAAAUAUAAAAUCAGUGAAAAAAUCUUGUAUAUUUUAUCGCACAUGCCUUUCACCAUCCCAGGCUGUGUCAGCUUUUAUCCGCCCACUGGCCGCAUCCGGCUGAACCCACCAUUUUCCACCCUCCCACCCACAGCGAAGGAGCCUUCAAGCUGCAAUCCAAAAGCACGAACGAGAUGGAACGAAUCGAAGCACCAAAGAAAAAAAAACAGCAAAAAUCCGAAACCUUCAUUGAGAUAGUUUUACCUCCUAUCGUCGACGCCGCACCGCGCCGUCUUCGGUCGACUCUUGAACCCUGGCAGAAGCGUACUCUCAGCUUAAUAUAUAACAUAAACGUGAGAUAAUAUAUAUUUAUAUUCUUCACGUGUAGCGGAACCGGGGCCCGGCUGUGUUCGCUGUCGUCGGAAAAAUCGCUGGAGAAAUCUUUCACCAUAUCACAUAUACACAAUCUGUGUGACUGUGAAUCUGGGUCCCAACUCCUCUGACUAACGAUGGCCUGGGCUACGAAUACGGCGGCGACAAAGACUAGGUAGGAAGGAAGACGCCAUCGUGGUGCGCGACAUACAAUCUCUCCUAUAUCCGGUGACAGGCAGCGGAAGACACGACUCGGGCCCCGGCAGGUAUCCCCUGAGGGGUGCUAGCAGGCGGCGAGGUGAGGGAGGGACCGAAAGGGGGAAACGACCUCGGGAAACCUCUCGGCACCGGAGUCUUUGUGCCAUCGCAUCAUCGUUUGGAAUCAGAGCUUUUAUGUGCUGCUGUUGGCUGCCUCUACUUGCUGCCUCUGCUGAUUGGAGUGAGCCAACGGAAAAAGCAACGAAAUGGCGUGGGGAGCAAAAAAGCAGAACUGAUAGCAGCGUGGUCGUCAUCGUCAUCCAGUUCGGAGUCGUCAUUUUAUCUAGUUUGGUGAUUCCGAGUGGUAGGGUUGGCGUUAACCGGAAACGAUGGAAUUUACCGGUGGAAAAAGGGGUAUUUUAAGAGCAAGAAUGUUUUGAAUCGAUUGUUUGUCUCUUUUAUUUAUAACUCAUUUCAGUUGCUUCAUAUUCAAAUGUGAUGCUCGGCAAACUUGCCUACAAUUAUCACAAACGACACUAUAUUCUAACCGUCCCAUUUAUGGCGCGAGAGUGCAAAUAUUACCUAGGAUAUUUUAACCAAUAGUGGCCACCUUAGUAGCUGAAAUAACCUCUGGUCGUAAAAACAAUACCAACCAAAAGUUCGAAUAAAACAGUAUAUUUGGGCUUAGUCAGCUGCUAUUCGAAGAAAGAUUAAUAGCAAUCUAUACAACUCACUUUUUAAAUAAUUCACCGAGCUGGAGGUCACACAAUGUACAAUUGUGACGCUGUAAGGAAUGCUAUUCAGUUCAAAAUUAAGUUGAAAUAAAAAAAAAUGCUGUUAGUCCUCAAAAAUAAUUUCCGAUUAAGAGACAUUACUUUGUGGAAUCCAAAUUGACUAAUACAGUAAGGACCAGAUUUUUUUUUAAACUUAACCACUUAAGGCGAUACUAGAAGCAUUUCCUGACUGUACCCGGCAAACUUUGUCUUGCCUACUGCGUUUUUUUACGUUUCUAGUUUCUAGUCAAGUACCCGGUCAAAAUGCAUGGAAGAUCAAUUUUCAAAAACUCUCUGUUUUUUCAUGUUGUUUGCCUCAUAAACCUUCCUUGGGUGAAAACUAACAGAACAAAACUAAGAUAACCAAAAUCGGACCUUCCGUUCACAAGUUAUGCGCGGUCCCACGUAUGCCACUGCAUUUUUAUAUAUACAGGGUGUUAUGGCAACACUGAUCACCCUAAGUCGUUUGCCAUAUAUGGAGCUCAGAACCUGGGUGAGAAUCGACGUGAGUGACGGGAUGUCAAUCGUCUGUCACAGGAUUGUCAUCGCGGCAGAUCGAAUGUGGAAUCAACGUGCUCGAUGUCGUAUGGCAAAUUAUUUUGUUAGCAGAAUUAUCGGUUUACUAUUGAUAGUGAUUAAGAUAACGAUUGUUUUUUAAUAGUUCCAUGGCAAAGUGCGUGAAAUAACCGUGGUUAUGAAAGGCUAUAGCUAUUGCCAUCCACUAUUUGCUUCUUAGAUCCGGUCGAACGGCUAACCGUUGACCAAACUUUCUGAACUAGCGAAAUCACGGCAAGGUAUUUGAUGAACUCAACAGUGAAAUCUUGAACUCAAUAAAUAUAAUUAUAGAAAUCAGGACCUACACGGGGCUCGCCAUUGAAGGCAAACGAGAAGUUUAUACGGAACGGUAGAAGACCAUGUAAGGGAAUGCAAUUUUAUGUCUUUUCUAAUGCAUAUAACUAAAGAUGAAUAUAUUUCAGCUUUGAGCUGCUGUCGAGAAACUCCGCUGCUACUUAGAUAUUCACCAAUCCGAACAUUUCUCAAAGAUGAGCGAGGAUGCCGCUACCCAUAAUUGCGGAGCCUGUAGGAAACCCGAUUCUGCCGAUGCGGGCAUGGUAGCAUGUGAUGAUUGCUGCGUCUGGUUUCACUACUCUUGUGCCGGAGUAUCACCCGGAGUUGCAGACCGAUCCUGGAAAUGUAAAACCUGCCUUGCACCUCUCGGGACGACACCACUCAACACCGGAGCGAGCAAGAAGAACGCUAAAACCGCCCCUGCUGGUAAAAGGGGUGAGGAUGGUAAAAGUGUUCGCAGCAAUGUAGGUGCUAAAGCAGGUAAGAACGGUGCUAGGAACGCCCCUCCGCCAAACGGUGCCGAUUUUAACCCGAAGGACCCAGCAAAGGAAGUCGGCAUAGCGAAGUCAGUGAGAACCACUUCGUCGAACGCCAGAUUACAAGCGCAGUUGACCUUACAGCGCUUGGAGGAAGAAGCCUUGCUGGAGAAACGUAAGAUGGAUGAAGAGCGAAGGCAGUUGGAAGAGGAAAGAGCCUUGAUGGAGAAGGAGCGAGCAAUUCGCAGCAGAGAAAUUGCGGCUCAAGAAAAAUACAUUCAAGCGAAAUUUGAACUAGAAACGCGCCUUGCCGAAGAAGACGGUAGUGCCCGUCUCAGUGUCGCAGCCGGCCCGGCAAAAGUUCACGAUUGGCUAAAAGCGAAUCAGAUGCAGCUUGGUGCAGGUUUAAAGGUCCCGGAGGACGAAAAGGAACCAAAGCCGGUCGAAAGCCUGAAGGUCCCAAUACAAGACUACGAUCUACGUUCUGAAUCAAGUCCGAAACUGUCAGUGAUCCACGAUUUCGUUCCUGAACAACGGAACCUCGUAGGAAGAGCCGAACGUGGAGAAGAAUUGGAAGACGAUGGUCAGUGUUUUCGCCAAGGAAUCCCGAGUUUCGCUGGUUCAGUUGCUAGAAGUGUACCGAGGGAGGUAGGGCCCACAGCCGAGCAGCUCUCGGCGCGACAGAUUUGGCCAAAGAAAUUACCGAGUUUUUCGGGAGACCCCGAAGAUUGGCCACUAUUCUAUAGCAGUUACGAAACGGGAAACACUGCUUGUGGAUUUUCAAAUAUCGAAAACCUGAUUCGAUUACGAGAGUGCCUUCGCGGACCGGCUCGAGAAGCGGUUCUGACAAAGCUGAUGUUUCCUCACAGUGUCCCCUCGAUUAUUGAAACACUACGCCGUUUGUAUGGAAGGCCAGAGCUACUCGUGAAAAACCUUCUACAGAAAGUGCGACGUUUGGAGACACCUAAACCGGAACGGCUUGACACUUUGAUGGCCUUCGGGAUGGCCGUUAAUCAACUGUGCGACCACCUAGAAGCGGCCAAUCUACAAGGUCAUCUGUUCAACCCAACGCUUCUCGAAGAACUGGUGGAGAAAUUACCGGCGACCGUGAAACUGGAAUGGGUUCGGUUCAAAAGGAUGUAUAGGCACCCAUCGCUUAAGGAGUUUGGCGAAUUCAUGGAGACAUUGGUAGCCGAUGCUAGUGAAGUUACCACUCUAGUUCAACCGAAGCCAGGAGCUUCUAAAUUGGACAAACUACCGCGCCGGGAGAAAGGACAAGUCUUCACCCAUGUUUCGUCGUCGGUUGAGAGCAAUACCGAAAGGCAGCCCUGUCCCAUAUGCGGCGGAACAGACCAUCGAGUUCGGAACUGUGAGAAGUUCAAGCAAAUGGACGUGGAAAGCAGGAUAAAGGCUGUAGAACGAUGGAAACUAUGUGGAGUGUGUCUCCAUGACCAUGGAAAGUGGAGAUGCCGUACGAAGAUCCGCUGUGACGUCUCCGGUUGCCAAGGACGCCACCAUCCGUUGCUGCACAGAUCGGUCACGCCGGUACAGGGAGUCACACAAGUUCAUGAGCGGUUGAACAAAUCUGUUCUCUUCAGAAUCAUACCGCUGACACUUCAUCACGGUUCUCGGAGCUACGACACGUAUGCAUUUUUGGAUGAAGGAUCCAAUAUGACACUAGUGGAGGCUGACUUGAUCCGAGAGCUAGGUAUCGAAGGUGUACCGGAACCGCUCGAACUAAAAUGGACUUCGGACAUCGGGCGAAUCGAGUAUGCAUCGCGACGCGCUGAUAUUAUCGUCACGGGCAAAGGGCCGACAAAUUGCUACCGUUUGAACUCAGCCCACACUGUGGACUGCCUCAAUCUACCACGUCAGAGUCUAUCGAUCGAGGAGUUGCACGAACGUUAUCCGUAUCUACGAGAUGUUCCCGUGACGUCGUACGAGAUGGCCGUCCCUCGAGUUCUCAUUGGACUGGACAACAUCGAACUGUUUUCUCCUCUAGAAUCUCGGACAGGCGGAUCUGAUGGACCGAUAGCGGUUAGGUGCCUACUUGGAUGGACAAUCUACGGACCGGUCGCGAUCGGAUCUGUUACACCCGGCGUCGUCAGCGUACAUAGAUGUGGUUGUAAUGAGGAUAUAGAUCUGAAUGAAAUGGUUCGUAAGCAGUACGUGCUUGAAGAUGCUGGAAUUUCGCCUUUUCCGUUGCCGGAACCUACAGAGGAGAAGCGCGCCCGAGAGAUCUUGGAGCGCACUACGGUUAAAGUCAACGGGCAAUAUGAAACUGGGCUCCUAUGGAAGACGGACGAUAUAACACUGCCGGACAGCCGGCCGAUGGCCUUCUCCAGAUUGCGAAGUUUGGAGGCAAAGUUAAUGAAAGACCCCGAAUUGCGAUCGAAUGUGCACAACCAAAUCAACGAGUACCUCCGUAAGGGAUACGCACAUAAGGCCACUGAAGAAGAGCUCGCUGCAAUGAAUGAACAACAGGUAUGGUUUUUGCCGCUGAAUGUGGUGACCCACCCGAGGAAGCCCGACAAGAAACGUCUAGUUUGGGAUGCUGCGGCUCGCGUGAACGGCGUUUCACUCAAUUCACAACUGUUGAAAGGGCCGGACCAACUCGUUACAUUACCCUCCGUUAUCUGCAAGUUUCGAGAACGCAGCAUUGGAUUCGGAGGGGACGUGAGGGAAAUGUUUCAUCAGCUGAAGAUGAGGCAAUCCGACAAGCGUUUCCAGCUGUUCCUCUUCAGAUUCGACACCAGUAAACCACCUGACGUGUAUAUGAUGGACGUCGCGACCUUCGGAGCAACAUGCUCCCCAUGCUCUGCAUUGUACGUCAUGAGAUUGAACGCCGAUAGCUGCAAAGAAGAGUUCCCGGCCGCUUGUGAUGCCAUAAAAGAGAAAACAUACAUGGAUGACUAUUAUGACAGCCUCAAUACGCCGGAGGAGGCUGGGAUGCGAGCCUUACAAGUGAGGGAAGUUCAUGCACGAGCCGGUUUUGAGAUGAGGAAUUGGGUGAGCAACAGUCCCAAGGUCCUCGAAAUGCUCGGAGAAACGGUGGAGAUGAAAUCGCUCCCAAUCACGGCGGAUAAGCAGACAGCUGAGAGAGUGCUAGGCAUGACCUGGGAGCCUACCGAGGAUGUCUUCCUGUUUUCAGUUGAUCUGCACGAACAUUUGAUGGAUUACGUCUUAGGGAAUCGACGUCCGACUAAAAGAACAGCGUUACGGUGCAUUAUGAGCUUCUUUGAUCCGCUCGGACUCUUGUCACCAUACCUUAUCCAUGGGAAGGUUAUAAUGCAAGAUCUAUGGCGCGCUGGUAUUGAUUGGGAUACGGAUGUAGGAGAAAGUGAGUUCGCCAAAUGGACGGAAUGGACCAAAAUUCUUCCGAAAUUGAACAGCAUCAAAGUGCCUCGAUGCUAUUUUGAGCAAGUACGACCCGAGGACCUUUCGCAGCUGCAGCUGCACGUGUUCACAGACGCUAGUGAGCAAGCAUACGGGUGUGCAGCAUAUUUGCGAUCCGUUUCAGAGGGAAAAGUGCGGUGCAUUCUAGUCAUGGGCAAGAGCAAAGUAGCCCCGCUCAAAGCCCUAUCAAUCCCUCGAAUGGAACUACAGGCAGCGGUUCUUGGAUCGAGGCUUUUGGACAGCAUUUGUUCCAACCACACGUUGAAGAUUACAGACCGCUAUAUGUGGACGGAUUCCAGCACCGUGCUCAGCUGGAUUCAUGCUGAUCAUCGGAAGUUCAAGCCAUACGUCGCACAUCGUGUGGGGGAGAUUCUUUCCCUUACUCAACCCGACCAAUGGCACUGGGUCGCAUCACGAAACAACGUCGCGGACUGCUUAACGAAGUGGUGCAAAGAUUCGGAGCCUGCCUCGGAUAGCAGGUGGUUCAACGGACCGAACUUCCUCUACGAUCCGGAAGAUAGUUGGCUGACUAAGGACAUCGGUCCAUCAAGAGCAGAUGAAGAGUUGAGACCAUGUUUUGUUCUGCACCACACCACCGCAUCAAGCUGUAUAAUCGAUGUUAGCCGCUUUUCCAGAUGGGAGACAAUACUUCGAACCGUAGCACUCGUCAAGCGGUUCAUCUCCAACUGCCAACGACGCCUACGGGGGCUUCCGUUAGAAGCUGUGAACGUCACUGAAAACGUACUGAAAUCUGUGAUUCGGACAACACCUGCGCUCAAAGUACCAUUACGGCAAAAGGAAUAUGUGGAUGCAGAAAACCUAUUGUUUCGGAUCGCACAAACGGAUAGCUACCCGGAUGAGACGGAGAUACUGCUGAAUAACCGAGAUAAACCUAGUGACAAAUGGCUAAACUUGGAAAAGUCAAGCGCACUUUUCAAAUUAUCGCCGUUCGUGGAUGAAUUCGGGGUUCUGAGAGUAGAAGGGCGUACCGCUCAUGCCAUGUACGCCGCAUUCGACGCCCGUUUCCCAGUUAUAAUGCCGAAAAACCAUCCUCUUACUGUACUACUUCUGAACCACUACCAUCGUCGCUACGGACAUGCAAAUAGAGAAACCGUAGUUAACCAGGUGCGCCAGCGGUUCGAGAUUUCACAUCUACGUACUACAAUCGACAAAGCGGUUAAAGGUUGUCAGUGGUGUAAAAUCAACAAAUGCAAGCCGCAACCGCCGAGAAUGGCUCCCCUACCGGAACAGCGUCUGACACCGUAUAUCCGACCUUUCAGCUAUGUAGGUUUGGACUACCUAGGUCCGCUGGAAGUUGCAGUAGGAAGGCGUAGGGAGAAAAGAUAUGUGGCAGUGUUCACUUGUCUCGUUGUCCGCGCAGUCCACCUCGAAGUUGUCCACGAUUUAUCCACACCAUCCUGUAUAAUGGCGAUUAGGAGAUUCGUUCGCAGAAGGGGUUCGCCUGUGGAAAUAUUUUCCGACAACGGAACCAACUUUGUUGGUGCUAGUCGGAUAUUAGCAGACCAGAUAAGGAGAAUUCACGUCGACUGUGCGGAUACGUUUACGGACGCUAGCACCAAGUGGACCUUUAAUCCUCCUGGGGCACCCCACAUGGGUGGCGCCUGGGAGCGCAUGGUGAGAAGCGUAAAAGAAGCUAUGCGAGCCUUGGACGAUGGAAGAAAGCUUAACGAUGAAAUUUUGUUAACCGUUUUGGCGGAAGCGGAAAGCUUCAUAAAUUCACGGCCUCUUACAUAUAUGCCCCAGGAGUCAGGGGGUACUGAAGCACUAACACCGAAUCAUUUUAUUUUCGGAAGCUCAUCAGGUGCUCACAACCCGUUAAGGACCCCAGUGGAUUUGGCCGAGGCUCUUCGUAACAGCUAUAAGCGAUCGCAGUAUUUGUCUGAUGCCGUUUGGGACCGAUGGUUAAAGGAAUAUUUUCCAACAGUCAACAAAAGGUCUAAAUGGUUUUGCGACACAACGCCGGUGAAGGUCGGCGACUUAGUCUACGUGACGGAAGGCAAGAGAAGAACUUGGGUUCGUGGCAAGGUGGAAGAAUUGAUUACCAACAAGGACGGAAGGGUACGCCAGGUCAUUGUGAAGACAGCAUCAGGGACGUUCAAACGGCCAGUAGUGAAACUGGCAGUAAUGGAGAUUUUGAAUGAUGGUGAAUCCAGAGCAAGCCAUCCGGAGAUUCCACCGGAUUCACGGGAAGGGGAAUGUUAUGGCAACACUGAUCACCCUAAGUCGUUUGCCAUAUAUGGAGCUCAGAACCUGGGUGAGAAUCGACGUGAGUGACGGGAUGUCAAUCGUCUGUCACAGGAUUGUCAUCGCGGCAGAUCGAAUGUGGAAUCAACGUGCUCGAUGUCGUAUGGCAAAUUAUUUUGUUAGCAGAAUUAUCGGUUUACUAUUGAUAGUGAUUAAGAUAACGAUUGUUUUUUAAUAGUUCCAUGGCAAAGUGCGUGAAAUAACCGUGGUACGCAUGGGUAAUGAUGCUAGGGGUUUUUUGAUAUCGUUUAUUAUAAUGAACUUAGUUCCGUAGGUUAUGAAAGGCUAUAGCUAUUGCCAUCCACUAUUUGCUUCUUAGAUCCGGUCGAACGGCUAACCGUUGACCAAACUUUCUGAACUAGCGAAAUCACGGCAAGGUAUUUGAUGAACUCAACAGUGAAAUCUUGAACUCAAUAAAUAUAAUUAUAGAAAUCAGGACCUACACGGGGCUCGCCAUUGAAGGCAAACGAGAAGUUUAUACGGAACGGUAGAAGACCAUGUAAGGGAAUGCAAUUUUAUGUCUUUUCUAAUGCAUAUAACUAAAGAUGAAUAUAUUUCAGCUUUGAGCUGCUGUCGAGAAACUCCGCUGCUACUUAGAUAUUCACCAAUCCGAACACAGGGUGUUAGGUUCAUGAGUGCAAACUUUUUAAAGGGUGAUAGAGGACCAUAAAUUGUGAAAAAAUUGUUCUACGCAUAUGGUCAAAUCUCAACCGUUACGUAGUUAUUGAACUCUCCAUGUUUUUGACUCUCAUUGCCUUAACUGGCUAUAACUUUAAAAUGGUCAAACUUAUCGUAGUUUUUUUAGCCUUAUUCGAAAGAUUAUUGAAUUUUCUAUCAAAUGGCAUCUUUCAACCGAUUGGUUUAGUUAAAUAACUAAGUUUUCUAGAGCAAAUAGCUUAAAAGUUGUGUUUUUUAAUUUGUUUAAGUCAAUUAUCUUUGCAAAAUGCGUAAUAAAUUAAAAUUCUUUCUUUGGCAAAGUUGUGGCCCCUGUUCCACUCUACAAUUCGUUCCUUGACGCCAUACUUCUAACUCUUAUCGUUUUCUUGCAAUUUUGAUUUAAAUGUGCGGCACAGUGCGCAAAAAGGUGCUUACCAUGACGAUUGCAAAUUUAUGAUCUGAAAUGCGAUGUUUAAAUCGAAAUUGCAAGAAAACGAUAAGAGAUAGAAGUUUGAUGUCAAAGAACGAAUUGUAGAGUGAAACAGGGGCCACAACUUUGCUAAAGAAAAAAAAUUAAUUUAUUACGCAUUUUUCAAAAAUAAUUGACAAAAACAAAUUAAAACACACAACUUUUAAGCUAUUUGUUCUAGAAAACUUAGUUAUUUAACUAAACCAAUCGGUUGAAAGAUGCCAUUUGAUAGAAAAUUCAAUAAUCUUUCGAAUAAGGGUAAAAAAUUGCCAUAAGUUUGACCAUUUUAAAGUUAUAGCCAGUUAAGGCAAUAAGAGUCGAAAACAUGGGGAGGUCAAUAACUACGUAACGGUUGAGAUUUGACCAUAUGCGUAGAACAAUUUUUUUCACCAUUUAUGGUCCUCUAUCACCCUUUAAAAAGUUUGCACUCAGGAACCUAACACCCUGUAUAGAUAACGAAUCAAAAUUUUCAAAAUCGGUUUUCGUACACAUGUAGAGGAUGAAUCAAGGUACUUCUGAUUUUUUUCGUAGUGGAAAAUGUUUUUCGUUUUUGCAGAAACCAUUUUUGAACGAAAUUUCACAAAAAAUGGUUUUUGAAAAAAUGGAAAACUAUUUCAACACGAAAAAAAAUUAAAAGAUACAUUGAUCCAUACUCUACAUAUGUACGAAAACCGUUUUUGAAAAUAUUGCUUCGUUAUUUUCUAAAAAAUCAAAAACUGAAAAAAAUGGGAAAAUGCUUCCAGUUUCGCCUUAAACUAAUUUACAGCUCUUUUGUCCACUAGGGCAGUAUGUGAGCGAUUCUAAUGUAUUCUAUUAUGCUACUAUUACUGCCCAUAUUCGCAUAGGUGACGUAAACGCCACAUAGGUCAAAAUCCACUUUUUUAGCUUAACAUAUCCUACACCAUAUAUAGCAUAUGCUCUAAUUAUUAAAAAAAUGUGUUUGUUCUAAAACAUGUGAGUAUAUUGAAAAGAACGUUUUGACGUAACCACCAUGUGGUCGCAAUACUGAC